GAGAUGCCUGCAUUUAGCAAACACGUGUUUACAUUUUCACCGCUCACGGCUUAAACGAUUGGCUUUGUACCAAGCCAAUUUUAAAACACAUUUUUUUUAAUAAUAUUAUAAUUGUUUAAUAGAAAAGUUAUCAAUUCCAAUUUAGAAGAAAAUGGGUCGCAACAGAAAAGCAAAUCCCUUCGCCGCGAAAAAACGUCAAAAGCGUGAGAACCAAGGAGUCGACACACGUCCAGUACGUCAAGAACCAUAUGAGGAUAUCAAACGUGAUAAUGCAGCAUUUAUUAAAUAUUAUCAACUCCAAAAGAUAUGCGCCGACGAAGCGGAAUGGCUUGAUUUUCUUGCAAAAAUACGCGAUAAUUUACCUGUUACAUUCCGUGUAACCGGCUUUCGUGGUGAGGCAAAGGCAUUGCUGGACAUAAUCGAGACUGAUUUGUUUGCGGAUUAUGUGAACAGUGUCGCUGAAUUGCAUAGCAUACCGAAAGAAGGAGUGGAGCGUCCACUACGCCUACCUUGGUAUCCAGAUGGUUUGGCGUAUCAAUUGCAAUUGACGCGCAAAGAUAUACGUCGCUCCGAACCGCUAUUCCGGCUGCACAAUUUUUUGAUAACCGAAACGAAUGCCGGCAGCAUAAGUCGUCAGGAAGCGGUGUCUAUGAUACCACCGCUGGUGUUAGAUGUGCAACCCACCGAUAAAGUGCUGGAUAUGUGCGCUGCGCCCGGCUCAAAGACGGCACAAUUGAUUGAAGCGUUGCAUAGUGCGCCCGAAACGCAUAAAAUACCACCGGGUUUUGUUAUAGCCAAUGAUGUGGAUAAUAAUCGUUGUUAUAUGUUGGUGCAUCAGGCGAAAAGGCUGAAUUCGCCGUGUUUUCUGGUGACAAAUCAUGACAGCAGUUUUUACCCGAAUUUAUUGCGUACGGAUGCAGAUGGCAAUAAAGCAAUAUUGAAGUUUGAUAAGAUUCUAUGUGACGUGCCAUGUUCGGGCGAUGGCACACUACGCAAGAAUCCCGAUAUUUGGACGAAAUGGAAUUUGGCGCAGGCUUACAACUUGCAUGGCAUACAGUACCGCAUUACAAGGCGUGGCGCUGAAAUGCUGAAUGUCGGCGGUCGUUUGGUCUACUCCACAUGCUCGCUAAACCCCAUAGAAAAUGAAGCGGUACUGCAGCGUAUCAUAGCUGAUGCUGAUGGCGCACUAGAGAUCGUGGACGCUGCACAUUUGGUGCCCGGCUUGAAGUUUAAACCCGGUAUGACGAGUUGGAAGCUCGCCACUAAAGAAGUCGAUCAAGUAUUUGAAAGUUUCGAUGAGGUGCCGGAGAAGUACCACACCGUCAUACGACCGAAUAUGUUUCCACUGCCGCAGGAGCAGAUCUCGAAAAUCGGUUUGGAGAAAUGUCUACGUGUGUUGCCGCAUUUGCAAAAUUCUGGCGGUUUCUUCGUCGCUGUCCUUGAGAAGCGUCGUCAAUUGCCAUUCGAGAAGAAUGACUUGCAAACGCUGCUUGAGAAACCCAAACCAGAAGUUAAAUUAGACGAGAAUGGCCAGCCAAUCGAAGAGAAAUCUGUGCCAUGGGGCCCGCAACGCAAGCGCAGACGUCUGCAUGGCUACAAGGAGGAUCCAUAUGUAUUCUUCGAGGAAGCAGAUGCCGAUUGGGAUGAGCUGAAAUCCUUCUUUGCUCUCGACGAAACGCUCAAUAAGCGUUGUCUGCUGACACGUUGUAUCACCGAUAAGAAGAAGAACAUCUAUUACUGCUCCGACCCCAUACGUGAUAUGGUAUUGUUGAAUGAAGAUGCCAUCAAGAUUAUAAAUACAGGUGUGAAGACAUUUGUUCGCUGUGAGAAUCGUCAUACAGCGCAUCCCUUCCGCUUGGCGCAGGAGGGUUUGCAGACAACAAAUGCAUUUAUGGGCGCCGUAAGGCGUAUACAGAUCUCACGCGAAGAUUUAAUAUUGCUGCUCAAUUGUACCGACCCAACUAAGCCACCCUCAACGCUGGAUUUGGCGGAGGAAACGCAAGCACGUUGUAAGGAAUUAGGCGUAGGCAGUUGCAUUUUGAAGUACGAAGACACGCGCUUCACGCUUUACUUGGUCGGCUGGCGCGGUUCUUCCAGUCUGCGCGCUUAUGUGGACAGUAAUGAAACAGUGCACGUCUUGCGUCUAUUGGGCGCUGACAUCAGCAAGUUCGAAGUCAACAAGUACGAAAAGGCUAAAGAAGCUGCUGCUGCUGCAGCGGCGGAGGCAGAGGCUGCAGCGAAUGCUGCUGAAUCAACAGAUGCGCCAGCUGCUGCAGUGGUGGAAGAUGCCGCAGAGCAAGCCGAUGUGGUUAUGUCUGAGAAUGGCGUUGCAGACGUGGCGCCAGUCGCUGAAUAAUUGAACUAGCUAGCGCCCAAUUUCAUUAUUUUUAUUGUUAAGCUUUAGUUAUGGUACAUAUAUAUAUUUUUUAAAUAUAAAAAUACUGUAUACAUACAGCCGUA